AUGAACGAUCACAAAUUGCUGGUGGCCAAAAUUGUAGUUAUUGUGGUCCUGCUGCUGGUCACAUUAAUCUUCUGCUUCAUACCCUAUGUGCUCGAUCGCUGGUUCAAGUGGACGCAACGCACGCAGAGCAAUGCUCGGGAUUUCCUGGCUGUGCUGUGCCUGCUCAACUUUGGCGGCGGCGUCCUAAUUGCCACCACAUUCAUUCACAUGCUGCCGGCUGUGCUCGGCGUGGUGAGUGCCCUGCAACAGUGCCACAUGCUGGCGGCAACGCCCUUUGCUUUGGCCGAGAUGCUGAUGUGCACUGGUUUCUUUCUGAUGUACGCAAUCGAGGAGCUGAUGUACUAUAUUGUGGGCCGACGACAACGUCGAAAGGCAAAGGCCAUGCAGCAGGCGCUAGAAGAGGCACCCGAACGGGGCUCAGAGCAGGAGCAAGUCGAUCCGGAGCAGCCCAAUUGGCUGCGUGGCCUGGGCAUUAUCGUGGCUCUGUCGCUGCACGAGCUCUUUGGCGGCAUGGCCAUUGGGCUGGAGGAGAGCGUGGAUACGGUUUGGUUUAUGUGCGGUGCGAUUGCGGCUCACAAGCUAGUCUUGGCCUUCUGUAUAGGCAUGGAGAUUAUGAUGGCCCACACACGCUGGCUAAUUGCUGUCAUUUACCUGGGCGUCUUCUCCAUUGUUACGCCCAUCGGCGUCGGCAUUGGCAUUGCGGUCAGCGAGGGCUCGAGCGCAAAUCAGCCGAGCAUUCCGGAGGGCAUACUGCAGGGCAUCGCCUGUGGCACGCUGCUCUAUGUGGUCUAUUUUGAGAUUGUGGCCAAGAAUCACGCUGGCUGGCGAAUAUUUCUAUGCUCCUUGGGCGGCUUUCUGCUUAUGUUUGGCUUGCAAAUUGCAGGUGAGUGA